UAAAAACAUUAUGUAUUUCUCUUUAGGUCAAUUCACCAACAAAUGGCUCACAAUCAAGAUUCCGUACUGCCUAAAUUUAUUCAUAAAAUUUAAUCUUCAAACUUACAAAUUACUAUCACAUAUACGUGUGUGUAUAUAUAUAGCUGUUGAAGUAGACUCACACAUAUGUGUGUUGUUUUUUUUGAUAAUAAGAAAAUGGGAGAUUCUCCUGAAGAGAGCAGCUGGACUUUCUACAUUGAGGGUUUUGUUUGUGAAGAUAACAUCAAUAAGCCUUGUUUAUCUUCUGAUUUUGAGAGCCCUUCUCUCGUCUCCGACGCUGCUUCUUCUGCUGUAGCACACAAGUUUAGACAAGGUUUAGGGUUUUCUUCUCCGACUCUUCAAAAUAGUUUCAAGAAGCAGAAAACUAACAUCAUUCCUGCCAUGGAUUAUGAUUUGGAAGAUACUGCCAGCUCUCCUGUAAAUAGUCCCAAGGUUUCUUACAUGAAUGAGUUUAUGAAUCAUGGCAACAAGAAAGAGAAGGGUAAGAGGGAUGUUUCAGAUCAGGCGAAGAGGAACAACUUUGGGAAGGUAUUUGCUGUUGAAAGAGAUAGUGAGUUGAAGAAAAAGAGCACAUGUGAUUAGGAGGGCUGCUGCUGCUGUAGCUUUGUACCCAUUUCAAUUAUGUCAUCACAAAUGUAAAAAAAUUUAACCUUAUAAUUAAUGAAUAAGUUUCCAAUUUAUUU